CAGGUCACCAAGAUGAAAGCCCUCAUCUUUGUAGCUGCUGGAGUAAUGCUUCUGUUGCCCACUUUUUGUCAAAGCGUUACAGGCAUGGAAAAUGACGUACACAACUUGGCAAAACCAACCUUACCUAUUAAGACCUUCCGUGGGGCUCCCCCAAAUUCUUUUGAAGAAUUCCCCCUUUCUGCCAUAGAAGGCUGGACAGGAACCACCACAACUGUAAAAAUUAACUGCCCAGAAGAAAGGGUUUCAAAUCUCCACGUGAAUAAUGCUACCAUGGGGUACCUGAGCAGCUCCUUAAGUACCAAACUGAUACCAGCCAUCUACAUCCUGGUGUUUGUAGUAGGUGUGCCAGCCAAUGCAGUGACCCUGUGGAUGCUCCUCUUCAGGACCAGAUCCAUCUGUAUGAACAUCUUCUACACCAACCUGGCCAUGGCAGACUUUCUUUUUUGCAUCACACUGCCCUUUAAGAUAGCUUACCACCUCAAUGGGAACAACUGGGUAUUUGGAGAGGUGAUGUGCCGGGCCACCACAGUCAUCUUCUAUGGCAACAUGUACUGCUCCAUUCUGCUCCUCGCCUGCAUUAGUAUCAGCCGCUACCUAGCCAUUGUCCAUCCUUUCACAUAUCGAGGUCUGCCCAAGCGUACCUACACCCUGCUGACAUGUGGACUGGUGUGGGCAACGGUUUUCUUAUACAUGCUGCCAUUCUUCAUCCUGAAGCAGGAAUAUUACCUUGUCCAGCAGGACAUCACCACUUGCCAUGAUGUCCACAACACAUGCGAGUCCUCAUCACCCUUCCAACUCUACUACUUCAUAUCCUUGGCGUUCUUUGGAUUCUUAAUUCCCUUUGUGGUCAUUAUCUACUGCUACACAGCCAUCAUUCGGACGCUUAAUGCAUAUGAUCACAGAUGGUUGUGGUAUGUUAAGGCGAGUCUCCUCAUUCUUCUGAUUUUUACCAUUUGCUUUGCUCCAAGCAAUAUUAUACUCAUCAUUCACCACGCUAACUACUACUACAACAACACUGAUGGCUUAUAUUUUGUCUAUCUCAUAGCUUUGUGCCUUGGGAGCCUGAAUAGUUGCCUAGAUCCACUCCUUUAUUUUCUUAUGUCAAAAAUCAUAGAUCACUCCACUGUUUAUCUUACAAUGGUGAAAUCACCUUAGAGAACAAGGAACGCCAUCUGUGAAAACACACCUUCUUGGGACGAUACAUGCCUAGUGCAGAGGGUUCUACCCUCUAACUCCAUUCUUGAGCUCCUAAGAAAUACUGCCUCAAAAUAAAACACUACAAAAGCACUUUUUUAAUUUAAUACUUUUUCAGGAUUUUAAGAGUGUCAGUGCAGAAGAAAAGAUAUGAUCAUCUUUAGGGCAACUGACACAUUGCCUGAUGGUAC